CCUGACUAAGCAACACGUCAGUUGGAAGGAACAAUGACGUGAACAUUAACAUUGAACGCGCAUGACGUUCCUUAUUGUUGAUGAUACGUAUGUAUGUACUCUAUACAUAGUACAGAGUACUAGUAUGUAAGUACUACCUUGCAUUUCAUACUAGGCUGGUGAAACACUUUACAUUCCCUCAACCCCUUGGCAUCAAUGCCCUAAAGUUAGGUAAUUAUAUGUAUGCUGUAAAAGGUAGGAGCUCACACAGUAUGCCAAUCAAUAUACUUCCCAAGGUCCUGUUCUUCGACGUAUUCGGAACCGUUGUUGAAUGGUGCCCGUCCGUCACGAGAGAGUUGCAAGACGCCGCUGAGCGCGUCCUUCAUGCUCCCCGCAAGCCUAUUCCUCCGGAUGAACGCGCACGGGUCUCACAGAUGACUUUUACAGAUUGGCUCUCAAUUGCGGAAGAUUGGCGACAGUCCUAUGGACAGUUUACUGCCUCGUUUGACCCUUCCCAAGGCUUCGUUUCGGUUGAUCAGCACCAUUACACUGCUCUAUCCAAGCUACUUCAGCAACGGAAAAUCGAGAAUGUCUUCACUGACAGUGAGAAAUGGGAUUUGUCGCUCUGCUGGCACCGUCUUGUUCCGUGGCCUGACAGUGUGCGAGGCCUGGAACUGUUAAGCCGAAGGUUCCGCACGUGCACCUUGUCGAACGGCAACGUCUCUCUGCUAGAAGACCUUCGGCGAUAUGGCUCCUUGCCUUUUACGGAUAUAGCCAGUGCAGAGAAUUUUGGGGCGUACAAACCCUCGCCUGAGGUGUAUCGUGGGGCAGCCGCCCGCUUCGACUUGGACCCCAGUCACUGCGCCCUGGUGGCAGCCCAUCUUUCAGACCUGAAGGCCGCCAAAGCACAAGGUUUUCAGACAAUAUACGUUGCACGGCCUAAAGAAGAGACGGAGGAUAUAGCUCAGGCAAAGCAAGACGGAUUUGUGGAUCUUUGGAUCGAGCUGAACACAGGUGGUUUCGUCGAGAUCGCACGGCGACUUGGCAUUCAAGUGGCGAUUAAGUUAUGAACGGAUGACAUAUAUUUAUUUAGGAACAGAGCAGGACGAGACUAUCUGAAACCUCAAAUGUGCGAUCCUUGACGCAAUGAAGCCACGGUACUAUACAUAUUCAACUAUAGAGAAGAUAGGGAAUGACGCUAUGAGUUUACUGGGCUAGUUGGUUCUUUUCAGUUGAUGGUCAAUUCUAAACCUAUAUUAUACGUCACUUGAUGAAAUGCAAUCGUUUACCCCUCAUGAUGACGCAGCGGGUAAAUCCAUUGAUUGCAACAUAAGCACUUCAAUUUGUCAGCUCAAUGAUUACAAAUUCAAAUCAUUGUAAAAGUCAGAUUCGCCCAAAAGCCGACACAUUUAAACUGCCUCUUUGCUGUCAUUUUACGUGUUCACUAAAGUAUAACUUCGAAAAAG